GCCAUGGUGAUCGAAUGCCAGGGAGAUCAAGCGUCAGAGUCUGAGUGUGACCAAGGAUGAGCGUGGUCAGGGAGUGAGAGACUAAGAGUGAGUGUGAGCAGAGAGAGUGAGAGUCUGUGUCUGUGUGUGUCUAGGAGUGAGCGAGCUCUGGGAUCUAGUGAAGUGAUUAGCCAAUGAUUGAGCAGGAGUCUGGUCUUUAGGUUUGGAGGUGGGAGCCUGACCAGUUAAUAUAAACAGGGCUAAGUGUUAGCAUUUAAGGAUCGGGCUGUGACUGUGAGCAGGCUGAGUGUAAAUGUUGUGAAAACAAAAAUUAAAAGUUGUUGGUGUGAUGGGACUGGAAUUAUAUUAGGUGGUGUGGAUGUGAGCAGAAACAUUGUGAAUCUAAGUAAUUAUGAGUUUUCCCAAACGUAACCUAUGGAAGACAAUGAGUGUGUGCGUGGUAUGUACUGCCCUCCUAUGCUGGAUUUGGAUCAGAGACAGUGUCUGCCUUGCCCAGUCUGGUUGGUAUCAGCCUGCAACUUACCCAGUGUGCGACGCCUCACAUCAGAAUACGGGAAGCCUAUCGAUGAUUCACGUCAAGGCACGAAGAUCCCCCUAUCCAGGUUCUCAGGUCCAGCGCUUCCCUGUCCCUGACAGCUAUGUCAGCUGGAGCGUGGCAUGGCCAGAAUAUGAGCCAGUGGAUUACACAGCAGAUAGUAUCCAGGCUAGUCCUGAGUGGGCAGAUCCUGACUACAGGAAGGAAGGACAGUCAGAACAUGGUCCACGAUUCAAUGCACUGGAUGGUAAAAUUGAUCGGAGGAGCUUUCUGGGUUGCUAUGAACUAGGUGAAGACAAGCUGCCUCUAUGUGAUGUAACGUGGGCUAAGGUUAAGGUUAGCCACAUUGGCCGCAAAAAGAAGAAGACAGUUUAUUAUCUGAAAGACAAUGAAUUGAGCAAAGAGAAUGUGUUGCAAGAGCUGGAUGUCCUCAUAUACCAGUCAAGGUGGAAGAGAAAGGCAGGGGAGAAGGUGAUUCAUAAACUAUCCGGUAAACCCAUCCUGCAGUUUGUCACAAUAAAACGGAAGGAUAAUGGAGAAUGGGCAAUUCCUGGGGGAAUGGUGGAUGAUGGAGAGCUUGUGUCAGCAACCCUGAAACGUGAGUUUGGGGAAGAAGCUCUUGAUUCUUUGGCUGCCUCCACCUCUGAGAAGAAUCGCUUGAGGAAACUGUUCCAGAGAAUUUUCAGUAAAGAGAAUUCUAAGGAAGUGUUUACAGGAUACGUGGAUGAUCCUCGGAACACCGACAAUGCCUGGGUGGAAACGGUGGCAGUAAAUUUUCACGAUGAGACAGGGGACAGUGUGGGACAACUGGAUCUGCAUUCAGGUGAUGAUGCUGGCCAUGUCCAGUGGUCUGACAUUGACCAAAGCCUCCAGCUCUACGCCACACACUCUCACUUCCUGAAGAGUGUAACUGAGCUGAGGGAUGCCCACUGGUAGUGAAGAACAGCGAUCAAUAUGGUCCAAGAGACAUUAGCUCAAUGUGAAGUGUACAAAGAAUUAAGAAAAUGGAAGAGGGUAGGGGUGGGUCAGGGAAGAGGGUUGUGGGGUGACAGGGUGUGGAAUGGAGUUAGUGCUUAAUUAUGUGUGCUCAACACAACGUUGUCCAAUUAGAGAUUUUUGGUCAGAGAGCACAAGCUUGGAUACUUGAACCUGACAGGGUCAAGUUCCUAUCUAAUGUGAUCAGGGGCACUCAGUGCUAGUACACAUCCUGGUACAAUGAUGGCCUAGACUGGCCAUUAGCACUUGCUUUAUUGGACUCAUUAAGAGUUACAUAUAUCGGAUGUUGCUAAUCCCUAACUGAAUACUUCCUUAAGGUUCCUCUCAAACCUUUAAGGUAAAUUGCACAUUCUGAGUCAGAUUCUGUGUUACUAGAUUGGAGUAUCGAUCGUUCAUAAAGAAUGACCCUAAGAUGUUGUCCACUCUACUCCUUCAUCCUUUGCAUUCUGUCUCUCUCUUUCCUCUGUCACUUGUCCCUGUCCUCUACCAUUAUCUCCCAAUCAUCCUUGUUUUUCACCCUCCCUUUUUCCAUUUAUUACUAAUCAUGUUUUGAGGAAAAUUGUAAAGAAGUUCUCAAACAAUUCAUUUAAUUGUCAAAGAAUAAAAGAAGUCAGUUUCUGACCCACUAUUAAAAGCAAAUGUUGAACAGUGAAAGCACAAAACCAUCUAUUAAAGUAUCCUCUGUGUACUCAGA